CAGAGCUCGCUCGGCAGACUUUUCCGCUCCGUUAACAGUCUUUUUUUCUCCCGCCCCGCUCCGGCCGCCUUCGCGCCGGUCUCGGCCCGGUCCCAACCCGGGACCCCCGCUCCGGCCGGCCCGGCCCCCACCCCAGCCCUGCCGCCCGGCCCCAGGCCCGGCCGCGGCCGCUCCCGCCUGGAGCCGCCGCGCGCCCCCAGCCCCCCGGCGCCCCCGCGGCCCCUUGCCUUUCUUUUCCCGGCGCGGCCUCCGGGCUUCCGCGCCCCGCCCGCCACCAACCCGCUCGCCACCAUGUCUGUGGAGCUCGAGGAGGCCCUACCACUGACGACCGCCGAGGGGGCAGCCAAGAAGGCGGCCAAGGCCGGCGGCUCGGCGGCGCUGUCCCCCUCCAAGAAGAGAAAGAAUAGCAAGAAGAAGAACCAGCCCGGCAAGUACAGCCAGCUAGUGGUGGAGACCAUCCGUCGGCUGGGCGAGCGCAACGGUUCGUCGCUGGCCAAGAUCUACGCGGAGGCCAAGAAGGUGGCGUGGUUCGACCAGCAGAACGGGCGCACCUACCUCAAGUACUCCAUCAAGGCGUUGGUGCAGAACGACACGCUGCUGCAGGUGAAGGGCACCGGUGCCAACGGCUCCUUCAAGCUCAACCGCAAGAAGCUGGAGGGCGGCGGCGAUCGGCGCGGAGCCCCGGCGCCCGCCACCGCCCCGGCGCCUGCCGCUCACAAGGCCAAGAAAACAGCCCCGAGCGCGGCCGCCCCGCGGCGCGCGGACAAGAAGCCCGCCAAGGGCCCGCAGCCCGAGAAGCGCUCGCACAAAAAGGGCGCCUCCUCCAAGAAGGACAAAAGCAGCAGCAAGGCCAAGAAGGCGGCGGCCGCGGGAGGCAAGAAGGUGAAGAAGGCGGCCAAGCCCAGCGUCCCCAAAGUGCCCAAGGGCCGCAAGUGAGCCCUGGGGCCUCGGGCCUCGCUUUUCCACCCAGAGCGCACGUAGGUUUUGCUGGGGGCCCGGGCCAGCGCCGGCCCGCCCAUCCCCCGCGUGAGAGCUUUUUUUUUGUUGUUGUUGUUAGCUCUAGAUUUUUGAAACGGCCCUGGCGACUCCCCUAUUGGCUCUCGCCCUUGGCAACGCCUGUCGCCAUGGUUACCAGCCCCCGGGCGCCAAUGGCCGGCCGCGUCAGCCCGCCCCGGCCUUACGCGUUGGCCGCGCAGCCCUUCCAGCCCAUGCCCUCCCCGCCUUCCGGCGCGCGACAAGCACUCGGCGCGGGGCCGCGCGGCGCUUUCUUUUCUCCUGUCGCCUUUUUUGGGGCACAAUAAAUUGUUUAAACCUUUGAA